AGAUCACACACACCUCGGCAGGAGGGCAGGUCGUCAACAUGUACAACAUGUACGGCGUUACGUGGGAAGAGAGCGACGUCAAGACUUCUCUUUACUCCUCUUUUUGGUCUGAUGGAGAGCGUCAGGAAGAAGAAGAGGAGGAAGUGGAGGAGAUUGAGCGAGUGAUCGGCAAGAAAGAGUCCACACCUGUUGCUAAAACAGAGGACUCUUACCAGGAGGCUUCAGAGAAGAUAAUCGGCGAAGAAAGAUCCAAACCUGUUAGUGAUCUAGAAGACUCUGACCAAGAGUCCAAUCCUGCUGGAGAUUUAGAGGACUUUUACCAGGAGGCUUCAGAGAAGGAAGAGUCCAAACCUGUUGGUGAUGCAGAGGACCCUCAUAAGGGGGCUUCAGAGGAGGAAAAGCCUGAACUGAACAACCAGGUCAACCUCAGCAUGGAUUAUUUGGAAGAUGGAAGCAACGGUGAUGAUGAACAAAGCUGUAGCAGCAGCUCUGAUAGUCCAGCUCCGAGUCUGAUGACGUCUGGCUACGGCACGUACAGACCCGAGGAGCAGGAGGGAGGAGACUCCAGAGACAACCACACCAUAACAGAAUUUGAUCAAGACAGUCGGGGAGAUCUGUCUGAGAUCAGAGACCACGAAGACGACGACCGUUCGCUGUGCAGCUUUGCCGGGUUCGACGUGGAAGCCACAGUGCCAGACCACAUUGAGACUUGUCCACUGAGCGCAGACGUGACAGACCUGAAACCAGAAGAAGAUAAAGACCAGACUGAUGGGGAAUCUGAGGAUGCACGUGCAGCGUCCAACAAUGAAGUUGCAAACGCAACGUCAGAGGAACAACAAUACUACAACGAUGUAGUUGAAGACAAUUUAGAUGGGACUCAUUUGGAAGGACUGUGUGAUAAAAAAGGGGGAAACCGACGUGAAAGGCUAGAGGAAGAGGGGCAGGACCCUAAAGAAGACAAUGACGGUGAGGACAAAGGGGAGUCGGAGGAUCCAGACGAGUCUUCAAGCAACAAGGACAUCAAGUUCCUCGACUCCAAAGUGGAUUUCAGACAGAAGACGUUCAACAAGAUGAGUGAGCGGGAAGGAAACCUCAGACAGAAGAAGGACGCGGCGAGCUGUCUGGAGGAGCGACUAGCCGAUCUUCAGUUAUCCUCGUCGGCGCCGCGCGACUACGAGACUGAGCACGGAGACGCCGCCAGUCAGAGUGACACCCGGACCUCGGGGACUUUCAGCGCCUUUGAAUCCUACGUAAGAGGCAUGACUCGAAGUCAAAGUGAUGGUGACCUCAGGCCCAAACCCAAAUCCUUCAUCCGACCAGUGAUGAGUCAGCAAACCAUAAAGAAGACAGACCCAGUGGCCAAGUAUUUCCAGUAUAAGCAGCUCUGGGAGAUGUUUAAACUUCCAGGAGAAAAGGACAGGAGAGAUCUCCGCUGGGAAAUAAGGGAACGACUUGCAUACCAGCCUCCACCACCUAAACCUCGGAGGGUUUACGUGCCAAACACCUACAUCGUGCCAACGGAGAAGAAGCGCUCGGCGCUCCGCUGGGAGGUCAGGAACCACUUGGCUAACGGUCUCCCUCCACACACGUUCAGUCAGCAGUUUUAAGCCUUUUACGUGCCUUUUUAGAUCAUUUUAAUACAGGUUUGCAUGGCUUUUUCCCAUUGUUUAUUUAAGAUUUUUUUUUUGUGAAACACAAUAAACGUAUAAAGAAA